CCGUCACACUUCAAGUUAAGUCUCGGUACCGAAACGUCCGUCCCGCAAGUACUGUCGUGGGAAAGGAGCGAAUACCAGCAGUCAGAGGAAGUCAUCACCGGGGCCAUCGCAAGUUAUCCACAGCUACGAGUCGCGUGUUACGCGUCAAAGGGUACGAACCUUGCUUAUCAUUCCUUGUACUCUUGUACUAUCCCGGCAGUCCACUGUAACAUGUCUAUUCUCGAGCAUCUUGACCAGUUGACGUCUGCUCCUGGCGAAUAUGCUGUUCAGAACUCCAAUGAUACCAAAGAACUGAAUGGCUGGAUAAUGCCCAAGUCAUUCGCGAGUCCAGAUGUCAACGACGAUUUAGAAAAGGAUUUUCGAACCUCCAUUACGGAUAUCUUCGUCACUGAUCCAUUCUCACUACCCGCGCCUCCGAGUCAACAUUUGAUAAGUAGAUUACUAAGCAAACCAAAGGAAGUUCAAGAGGAAAUUUCUGGUAUUCUGUCGACUACACUCCCCGAUGAUGUCAUAUCAAGCGGGCUCGCUGAUCUGGUUGGCUUUGACGACAUCGACAUAGUUGCAGGAUUGCUCGCCUCUAGGUCUUACUUUGUGAACGCAUUGUCUGGACGGGACCGAACAACAUUUGAAAGCUCGACCUCAGAGAAACGGAAAACGCCAGGCACAGACGCUGUAAUUGCCAGCCUUGCUCCGCAAGAUGUUCGUCACCGCCUGGAAGAGACUCUCAGGGUGAAUGCGUCACGUCCUUUGUUUACGGGUACGGCACAAGAAGCUCCAGAAGUACUUCCACAUGUAUACACUUCGUCCUCUAUGACGCACGGUGGCAUGCUUUCGCAAUUCGGUAGCAAGUACGAACUUCCACUCGGAACUACUAGACAUGACUAUGAGGAAUAUGAGGAAGUCAUCAUUCCUCCUGCCAGAGCUGUUCCACCCAAGCAAUCCGAACGGCUCAUUCUUGUCAACGAACUGGAUGAAUUAGCUAGCGGCUCGUUUCCUGGAUACUCUUCUUUAAAUCGCAUACAGUCUAUCGUCUAUCCAACCGCUUAUGGAUCAAACGAGAAUAUUUUAGUUUGCGCUCCUACUGGUGCUGGUAAGACCGAUGUGGCGAUGUUAACAAUCCUUCGGGUUAUCAACCAGCACCGAUCACCUAUCAGUCCCUCAUCACCUCUACAUACUUCGAUAAAUCGCGAUGCCUUUCAUAUCAUCUAUGUUGCACCUAUGAAAGCUCUGGCUUCUGAGAUUGUUCGAAAGCUGGGGAAAAGACUACAGUGGCUCUCUAUACAGGUCAAGGAAUUGACAGGUGACAUGCAACUGACAAAAUCUGAAAUCGCCGAAACCCAAAUCAUAGUCACCACACCUGAAAAAUGGGACGUCGUAACUCGAAAGCCCACUGGCGAAGGGGAGUUAGCUUCAAAGUUGAAGCUUUUAAUCAUUGACGAGGUGCAUCUGUUGAAUGAAGAACGUGGAGCCGUCAUCGAAACUAUCGUUGCGCGCACGUUGCGACAGGUUGAAUCAAGCCAAUCCGUCAUCAGAAUACUGGGUCUCAGUGCAACGUUGCCCAACUAUCUGGAUGUCGCUGAUUUCUUGAGUGUAUCCCGAUAUAAAGGACUCUUUUUCUUUGACUCUUCCUUCCGACCGAUACCUUUGGAGCAGCACUUCAUCGGAGUUCGAGGAAAGCCUGGAAGUCCGAGGUCUAAAAAGAACCUUGACCGCGUCACGUUUGAGAAAGUUUCAGAACUAGUACAUCAAGGACACCAAGUAAUGGUGUUUGUUCAUGCGCGGAAAGAAACCGUGAAAGCGGCGCAAGCUUUGAAGGACGCAGCGACAAUAGAUGGCACAUUGGAUGAUUACAACUGCGAGGAACACCCUCAAUGGUCAUUUUUCCGAAGGAGUAUUGGAGAUUCUAGGAAUAAGGAAAUGAAGCAACUGUUUGAUCUCGGGUUUGGUAUUCAUCAUGCAGGUAUGCUGCGAUCCGAUCGAAACAUGAUGGAGAGGAUGUUCGAAGCUCGAGCUAUCAAGGUCCUCUGUUGUACAGCGACCCUCGCAUGGGGCGUCAACUUGCCUGCUCAUGCAGUUGUUAUCAAAGGUACUCAAAUAUACGACAGCGCAAAGGGAUCCUUUGUCGAUCUCUCGGUUUUGGAUGUAUUGCAAGUGUUUGGCCGAGCUGGCCGGCCCGGUCUCGAGACUAGUGGUGAAGGGUACAUCUGCACUACUGAGGACAAGCUCGUACACUAUCUUAAUGCUGUGACGUCACAGAACCCGAUUGAAUCUCAGUUCAUUUCAGGCAUUGAAAAUUCACUGAAUGCAGAGAUUGCUCUUGGUACGGUAACAAAUGCCGACGAAGGUGUUCGAUGGCUAGGAUAUACAUAUCUGUAUGUCCGCAUGAAGAAGAAUCCUUUCCUAUAUGGCAUGUCUUGGGACAAUGUGGCAGAUGAUCCCCAUCUCGGUCAGAAGCGAAAUCUUCUGGUUAUGACAGCGGCCCGCAAACUGGCCAGUGCGGGGAUGAUAAACCUUACUGAAAAUACUGGUGCGUUUUCGAUAACGGACCUGGGCAGGAUAGCGGCCAGGUACUACAUUCGAUAUGCAUCCAUCGAGGUCUUCAACAAGGAGUUCAAACCUAAGAUGACCGAAGCUGAUGCGCUUUCCAUGCUCAGUAUGAGCACCGAGUUUGACCAAAUCCAAGUGAGAGAGUCAGAGGUGAAGGAACUAGAGCUUCUGAUGAAAAACAAAAUAUGUGAUGUGCGAGGAGGGACUGAUACAAGCCAAGGCAAAGUCGGCAUCCUCCUGCAAAGCUACAUAUCUCGCCUUCCGGUCGAAGAUUUUGCCUUGGUUUCCGAUACAGCAUAUGUAGCGCAGAAUGGGGGACGCAUUGCACGAGCUCUGUUGGAUAUAGCAAUCAGCCGCAAGUGGGCUCGUGUGGCCACGGUAUUUAUGGGUAUCACUAAAGCCAUCGAGAAACGUCUUUGGCCGUUCGACGAGCCUCUUAGGCAAUUCGAUCUCAAGGCCGAUAUUAUAUAUGGCUUGCAGAAUUCAAGAGAAGAGUACUCACCCGCCGAACUAGCUUCCAUGACUCCAGCAGAGCUGGGUACACUAGUUCGCUUAAACGAGCGGCACGGUCAGGCGCUCCGGAAUGCAGCUCGGCAGUUCCCUACGGUCAAGAUGUCCAGCUUACUUCGGCCGUUAGGGUCAAAUGUCCUCAAGAUUGCAGUUUCGGUUACUCGAGACUUCGAUUGGAAUUCCAAAGUGCACGACUCGGGAGAGCCUUUCUGGCUGUGGGUUGAAGACCAUGGAGGCAUUGAAAUUCUGCAGUUUUCGCACCUUCUAUUGCGGGAGUCGACAAACUCCCUUGCUGUGAAUUUCGUGGUUUCGAUACCGACCGACAUUCCUCCCCCUUAUUUUACUGUCAGAUUUGUGUCUGAAAGAUGGGUAGGGGCCGAAGAUGAACUUCACGUGGAUUUGGAUGGACUGGUGAUGCCUGCUCCCUCUCCUAGUCAUACGCCUCGUUUGGACCUCCCAUUUCUCCCGCGUUCCUCGCUACGCCUUCCUGUACUCGAAGACAUCUACUCAGCCCGACUCCACGAUUUCAAUGCUAUUCAAACGCAAGUAUUUUGGAGUCUUAUUAACACUUCGAUGAACGUGUUGGUAUGCGCUCCCGUUAGUAGUGGCAAGUCCCUCAUGGGACAUCUAGCAAUAUGGACAACCCUACACCGCCGUCCAAGGUCAUUGGUGCUUUUCAUUGUCCCAAACCGAACCCUGGCUGCCCAAUCUCUCUUGGACUUCCGUGCCAUUUCCAAUGGACUUGGCGUGAUGGUCGAGUUGUCUUCUUCUGGGGAAGGUUUAUUUUCUUCCUGCCGGACCAACACAAUACGUGUCGUUACGCCGUCGGUGCUGCUCGAGGCCGUCAGCCAGCAUAACCUCCGCCAAACAAACUAUCCAUCUCUUGUAGUGUGCGAUAAUUUGGAGCAACUCGAUGCAACCUAUGAACUCAGCAUAUCACUGCUACGUCACACCACGCAAAAUAACCCCACCCGAUACAUCGGCUUGUCGAGCUCUCUCAAUGAUCCCACGGAUAUCGCUCCAUGGCUGGGUGUAGAUACCAUGGCGCUACACAGCUUUCGACCGACAGAUCGAGAUCAGUCACUCACAAUCACGUACCAAACGUUCACAACACCGCAUUCAGCCGCACUGUUCAAGUCCAUGUCGAAACCAGCGUACGCAGCUAUUCAAAGCGUACCGUCCAAUGAAUCUGCCAUUAUCUUCGUCCCUUCGCGCAGUCAUUGCCGAACGGUGGCGCAAGAGCUUAUCACACAGUGCGCCCUAAACAUGGAGACCGAGAGGGGCUUUCUCCCCCAAUCCGUACCUCCUCUUUUAGUGGAAGACUAUUCAGCACGGUUGCAAGACCCGUCAUUGAUUGAUUUUGUGACCCGCGGUGUAGGGAUGUUCUACAGCGGAAUGUCCAAAGGAGAUCGGAACCUUGUUCUGGAGCUAUUCGCUGAAGGUGUGGUUCGCGUACUCCUGGCACCUCGCGAUGCUUGCUGGAUGCUGCCUGUCCGGGCAGCAGCCGUUGUAGUCAUGGGCACCCAGUAUAUGCAUCUUGAGAGAGAUGGCUCUGGACCGCAGCUGUGGGAUUACAGUCUUGUUGACGUGGUCCAGAUGCAGAGUCGGGCUGUGAGGCAUGAUGCCCCUGGCCACUUCUUCCUCUUUUGCCAAGCGGAGGCUAGAGACACAUUCUCCAAGUUCCUGGCUGAGGGGCUUCCGCUUGAAUCGGAGCUGUUGGAAUCGCCCGUGUUUGAAAAAUGGUACAAGGAAAAGAGAAGAGACGGGUCCAUCAGAAACAAGCAGGAUGCUGUUCAAGCACUCUCCUUCACGCUCCUUGGGCGAAGGCUGGUCAGCAACCCAGUGUAUUAUGACGUCGAACCGGGCUCGCAAAAUGAGGUCCUCUCGCGCAUUGUUGACAGACUUGAAGAAUCCCUUCUAUAG